CUUUCUUAGAUCGCGCCCUCUGCACUUGUGUGGAUCCCCAACCGUGGAACCCUCAUGCCGAGCUCUUGUAUCGUCCCAGUGCUUUCACCUGCAAAAUGAGCCAAACUUUGCUGCAGUACCUUUCUGUUGCCCUUCCAGCAAUACCAGUUGGAGGUACUGCACCAUCUCGUAACACCUCUAACCCCCGAUAUGAUGCCGAAGAUAUCACCCAAAUUGUGUCUUGGACAGACUUCAAUUACUCUACAAUCAUCCAACACUAUGGCCUUGUAUUAAAUACAAGGCAAAUCCGCCGUGACCCGUUCUUAUCUCCUCCUGCUUUUAUUAGAGAUGAACCUUACUUCCAUACCCGAUUCGCCGAGUUGGUUGUGCCUCGUAUUAGACGUGCACUGCGUGCUGGGUUCGAGCAACUCGCACCAGAGCUACCGGCCCGCCGACUUUCACCAGUUACCUUCGAUGGAGGAAGCGCGGCUGAUAUCAUCGAUCAGUUCCGUCCAGAUACCGCAUACGUCGUAGUCGGAAGCGGAACCUCGAACGCUAAUCGCGCCCCCGGUGAUUUGAAAGUAUCUUGGAAAUGGCAGUCUCCAUGGCGAAGCUCUCAAGACCCAAUACUCCACCGAGAGUACAAGCAAGCUCUGUCUCAGGUUAAUUUCUAUAUGGAUCAGCAUACCGCCAGGCAUGGGUUUAUCCUAACAAAUACGGAACUUAUUGCCGUUAAGCGAUUGGACAGAAACGGCCGCUUGGCUGUCUCCACGGCGAUCCCGUGGGCGGUGGGAGGCGAAGGACAAUUGUCUGUACUUCUGGCUUUAUGGUAUAUUGGUAUGCUUGCGGCAGAGGAGGAUAAUUGGGCUCUGGUUGUCUGAACAG